CCGGACCGAUGCGCUCGACAACGGUGUGAGGGCUGAACGAUUCCCAGAGAUGGACGUUCGCAGUAGCGGGCACGGUCUGCGCGAAGAGGAGAUCAACGCGGUGGCGAUGACGGUCACUGCCGUCGUCGUGAACACGAUGAGUGACAUGUCGUCGUCCUCACGCGACAUGCUGACGCAGCUCCGUAAGCGAAGAGCGUUGUUGCAGCACAUUGCCGAAGCGCCGGAUUGCGUGGCCACGUGUGAGGCAGUGGUCCAGUUGUGUGUCGCGCUGUCAUCUGGCGUUUUCCCACGGCAGACCCCGCGUUGGUGGAUUAAACGACGGACUGACGGAACAUGGGAGGAUCUCUGCCUCUGUGAUGACGCGACGGACGAGUACUACCGCCAGAAGUUGCGCAUGUCGAUGGCCAUGUUCAGUCAGAUCGUGGCCGCGUGCGCCGCGUACGUGGAGAAGAAGGUGACGCACUAUAGGAUGUCAUUGCCAGUGGAGCAGGUGAUCGCUUUCGCGUUGUACAGGCGGGCGUCAGGAGAGACGUACGAGAGCGGCACGUCAGCCUUCGGCAUUGGCAGGGCAACUGGACUGCAGGCCGUCCGCGACGUCACUUCGGCGCUGCUGCAGGUGUACCCCGACGCGAUCCAGUGGCCAGUUGGCCGUAGACGUGUGCAGAUUCUGCGCGCAUUCCGUGACAAGGGUUUUCCGAACUGCUUCGGCACGAUCGACUGUACACACAUCUAUAUUGACAAGCCCGCCGGCGCACCUUCAUACAACUACUACGACCGCAAACAGAAGUUCUCCGUGCAGGCGCAGGUGGUGGUGGAUUUGGAUCUGCGGAUCCUCGACGUCCACAUCGGAUACACGGGAAGUGUGCACGACGGUUGUUUCCUGCACAAUUCCCAACUGUGGAGGCGUGCAGAAGCUGGUGAGCUGUUCGACUCACCUCUGGAGAAUCUGUCGCACGGUGUCGUCACGCAAGGUUACCUGCUAGGCGAUAACGGUUAUAUAGUCCUCUGCGUCUUUAGGCCUCCCCGCAUUUGCCAUGCGCUUGGCAAUGUCGUCCCACUUCCACUUCUUGGUCCGCAUUCGCCCGUAAUUGUGACCCAGACCGACGAGGUGCAUCUCUUGCUCCCGCUUGCAUCUCACCAGUUGCAUUUGCUCUUCCGGGGACCAGUACGUCGCAGACUUCCCGCCGUCGUUGAUGACGCCACCUCUGCCCCCACGACCAACGGAUCGACCACGAACAACACCUCUGCUGCGUCCUCUCCCCCUCCCACCCGUCUUCCCCAAAGGCCGAAUAGGAAUGUCGUCGUCGUCGUCCCCUGCUUCCACGUCCUCCCUGAAUCGUUCGUCGGCAUCGUCAUCGCCACCACCAUCGUCGUCACCACCAUCGCUAUUGGGCGUCGACGUGCUGGGUCGUCGUUUGAUCGCUCACCGCUUUCCUGUCGCCGAUCGGCACUUUGUGACGCCGUGUGUACGGUGUUCACGGUGGUGGUCGCUAAUUCGAUCCGAAUCUCGAGGAGGCUUUACGGUUCUCCUUCCUUCCUCCACCUCUCUUACCCCUUCCGUCUUCUCCCUUCCCCCUUUUCCGUCUGUUGCCCUCCUGACAGAAUGAUUCGAUUCAUUCUUCUGCAGAAUCGUCAGGGGAAGACACGUUUGGCCAAGUACUAUGUGCCUCUUGAGGAUUCAGAAAAGCACAAGCUCGAGUAUGAGGUUCAUCGAUUAGUUGUCAAUCGGGACCCGAAAUUUACCAAUUUCGUCGAAUUCCGUACGCACAAAGUGAUUUAUCGUCGUUAUGCCGGUCUCUUCUUCUCCAUGUGUGUGGAUGUUACGGACAAUGAGCUCGCGUACUUGGAGAGUAUCCACCUUUUUGUGGAGAUCCUGGACCACUUCUUCAGCAAUGUGUGUGAGCUGGAUCUGGUGUUCAAUUUCCACAAAGUGUAUCUGAUUCUAGAUGAGUUCAUUUUGGCGGGAGAGCUGCAGGAAACCAGCAAGAAGGCAAUCAUUGAGCGUAUGAAUGAGCUGGACAAGUUGGAAUAGAAGGGAGAGGAGGGAGAGGAGGGAAAGGUCUCUGAACAAUUAACGUUACGUAAAGGAGGGGUGGGCGACGGACGGUGGGGUGAUACCAUUUGUGUUGUGUUUUUUGUGUAAAGUUUGUCCGAUUUUCUAGAUGAUUUUGUUUUGGCGGGAAAGCUGGCGGGAAACCAGCAAGCUGGAUGAACUUAUCCGAUUCUCGAUGUGUUUGUUUUGGCGGGAAAGCUGCUGCUGAAACCAGCAAGCCAGAUGAACUUGAUUUGGCGGGAUGAGCUGCAGGGAACCCGCGGGAAGGCAAUCGAGCGUAUGAAUGAGCUGGGCAAGCUGGACUAGCAGAGAGAGGAGUGUUUAUAACACAACGACAUGAAGCAGGGGCGGCGGCGGUGAUGCUUGUCGUGUCCGGAAAGGUAGGGGAGAUGAUGUUUCUUUUUUUUUUUUUUUUCUGUUUUCGGACGAUUUCUUUGUGCAAUCGUUGAUCGUUGUCUCUUUGUCUCCAUUACUCUCUCUUUCUCGUCACACAGAUAUCAGAGCGCAAAACCGAAAUAAACAAACAUACAUGUC